UGAAAGCCCGUAAGCCCAAAAUCGGGAAGCUUGAAGUGAAGCUUCGUGUCUUAUUGGGCCUCUGGCGUCUAGUUCGUUCGUGUGCCAAAAUUCGCGAGUACGUUGGCCGGUGGGAAAUUUUCGAUAGGGGGUCUUCUACUCUUCUUCUCACAUUCUCACAACGGUUGGGGCACUGAAACCCUCGCACAGUGAACUAGUGAACCUGUUACAGCAACUGAACACUUGCCGUCUGGUGUCUCAGGAAUUUCCCCCCUCAUCAUAAUGGGCAUUGCGGUGAGGAGGGUCAACUUGCAUUUAAUCAAUGCUGAAUAGGGGUGGGUUCUAAAGGAAAAAGUGAAGUUAUCUUAUAAUGGUGAAUGGUAAUUUCUGGUUGAGGAAGUUCUGAAAGUGCUUGACAUGUUUAAGAAGGCAGGUAUAGAUGCUAAACAAUAUUGGCAAGUUUUGUGAGAAUGGAUUGCUUUGGGAGACAGAGAAGCUGCUCCGUUACUAUUGGAGGCAUAGGAAUGAACCAAUGUUAUGGGGACAGGUCAUGGAAAAUGAGUUUGGAUGCAGUACUCUUGGAUGGGAUUUCAAUCCGACCUAGGAAACAUAUGGUUCCAAUUUGUGGUGUGACAUUAUGAACCAUUCCUUAAAAUUGAAAUCAAUCUUUUAAAACGCGGAGGCAUGACGAGAGGCAUUCCACUACCUAGAGGCAUGAGACGAAGUUCAGAAGGAUGGGCUAUUCACUAUGGAGCUGCUGGAAGUCUGAAACUUGAAAUUUGCUUAGCGUACUGUUUUUUACCUGAUAUGGCUUCAAUGAAGGGAAAGACGAGCAGCUUCUCUCGCAACCUGUCAGGUGCAUCAUUUGUUCAGGCUCCUGGUGUUAAGCAUGGACCUAAUGGGGUCACCUUUGUCUCCUCUGGAAUACCAGACCUUGACAAGAUUUUAGGGGGUGGGUUUCCUUUGGGGAGCUUGGUUAUGGUAAUGGAAGAUGCAGAAGCACCUCACCAUCUGCUACUGUUGAGGAAUUUCAUGUCGCAAGGUCUGGUUCACAAUCAACCUCUUCUUUAUGCUAGUCCAGUCAGAGACCCAAGAGGGUUUCUGGGUACUCUGCCAAGUCCCAUUUUGUCCAAGGAAGAUAAAGUUCCUCAGUAUGAUCCAGAACAGGAGAAGGGUCUGAGGAUUGCUUGGCAGUACAAAAAGUACUUCGGGGAGAACAAGCAGAGCUUUGAGAAUCAUAGAGAAAAUAGGCAGGAGUACAACAAUGACUUUGACUUGCGGAAACCCUUGGAGAGGCAAUUACUCAGUGGAAACCACAUUGAUUGUUUCAGUCUUCAGGAUUAUCCUAACCUUUCAGAUCUUCAGGAGUGUUGUUCUAUAUUUUUAGCUCAACUAGAAAGAAAUGGUGGUGGCAGCAAAUCUGCUGGUCGUAUAGCCAUACAGUCAUUCUGUGCUCCACAUUGUUCCCAUUCCAACAUGGAAUGGGAUAUGAUUUCCUUUAUUAGAUCUCUGAAAAGCAUGAUACGACCUUCAAAUGCAGUUGCUGUGAUUACCUUCUCACCUUCUCUUCUUUCACCAACUUUCUCUAAGAGAUGGCAACACUUGGCAGACACCUUGAUUUCUGUCAGAGCAAUCCCUGACGAGGACAAAGAGUUGGCAAAACUACUUACUGGCUACCAGGACAUGGUUGGCCUUCUCCAUGUGCAUAAAGUGGCCAGUAUUAAUACACAGGUUCCUGUCAUUCUAGAAGCAUCGACAUUCUCAAUUAAACUUCAAAAGCGAAGGACUUUGGUUUUAGAACGUCUGAAUCAAGCCCCAGUUGAUGGUUCAAGUGGGAAUUCAUAUGCCACAUCUGCCAGUUGCUCUGGUUCCUCCAAAGCUGCGUCCCUAGAUUUUUAGUUGUUUAUUUAUGAAGUCAAUUUUCCCAGAUGAACAAGUCAUGUAACAUUUGGCGUGUGGUUUCCCCAUAUCUUUGAACUACUAAUUGAUGAUCUUCAGGUGCAUGAAUAAAGCUUCGAUAAUGAAAUGAUGGA